UUUCAAUUGUUAACGUGGUCACUGAUUUGAAAUUUGAAUACGGUAAUCUAUCCCGGAAAAGUAUCUUCAAACAUUUAAAUUCCAGGCGUGUUAAAUAAGUUUUCACUAUGCAAGUAGAGUAUAAAUUCGAUGUGGAUUAUGCCAAAAGUAACAGAUCUAAGUGCAAUAAAUGCAGAGUUGAAAUCGACCAAAAUUCUCUGCGUAUCGCCAUGUUGGUACAAGCACCAAAUUUCGACGGGAAAAUCCCCAGAUGGUUUCAUUACGAUUGUUUCUGGAAAUCGAAAGCCCAUGUUGAGAGUACUGCUGAGAUUAAACAUUUCGAUUCCAUUCGUUGGGAAGAUCAAGAAAAAAUUAGAUCUGCAAUCAAUAGUGAAAUCGGUUCUUUAAAACCAACCAAAACCCGUAAAUUCACUGUGAAGUUAUCAGAUGGGGAUUUAUCGUGUACUCAUUGCCAGAAACCACUAAAGCAUGAACGUCAUACAGUAUGUGAAUCUGGGAAAAAGCCAACAUUCAUGUGUCACCUAUCCUGUUUUCUUAAAAGUAAUGAGUGUCCAGAGGAUAUUUCACAACUGAUAGGUUUUCGUAAAUUGUCGACUGUCGAUCAGGAUGCAGUUGUUUUGGCAUUUCGUGAAAACUCAAAGGAAAAUCGUAAACGUCCUGGACAGCAAACUGAACAAGAUUCAAAAUUGAAAAAACCUAAAUUAAAUGGAGAUGUUGAACAGGAUGAAUUACGUAAACAAAAUAAAUUAUUAUGGAGUUUAAGAGAUAAACUAGAAAGUCAAGUAUCCAAAGAAGCAUUAAUUGGUUUAUUGGAAUACAAUAAACAACAUGUUCCAUCUGGAUUAUCUCGUCUAUUAGAUGCAGUUGCUGACGCUAUGAUAUUCGGUGCUCUACCAUAUUGUCCUAGUUGUAAAAAUGGACCAUUACAUUAUAGUAAUGGACAGUUUAAAUGUAGUGCUAUGGCAACUGAAUGGGUUCAAUGCCUUUAUUAUACACGGACACCUGAUCGAAGAAAGUUUAAAAUACCUGAGGAAUAUCAUGAUGUUGAUUUUUUAAAAAAUUACAAAUAUGUUAAGCGUACACGAUUAUUUCCACCUGAUUCAGUGUCUGAUGUUACUGGUCCAUUAACUGGCCUGUUUUUCUACAUUACAAAUGGACCAUUCGACAGCGGAAAAACAAAAGAACAAUUAAUACGUGAAUUGGCCAAUCUAGGUGGUGCUAUUAUGAGUAAGCUCAGUGUUAAUUCGAUUGUUGUCUCCACAUUGAACGAAUUGGAACAAAUUCAAAGUGAUAAUAAUGAUACGAAUAAAACUUACUCGAAAGAAGCUCUGACAACUGCACGUUCUUACGGUUUACGUGUCAUUAAUGAACACUUCUUAUCAGAAUUCAAUCCUAACAGUUUGGACUCUAAAAAAUUGGAAUCGAAAAUCCAGCAACUCUUAGCCAAAUAUACAAUAUCCAAUUGGGAGGUGAAGGCUCGUGCAUUAAAAGUUGAGAAAGAGGUGAAAAAUUUACUAUUGAAUGAUGAUAACGGUGAACAAGAAAUGAUGCGAAUGAUAAUGAAAAAUGGUGCAGUGGUCGAUCCUCAAUCAGAACUGGUCAAUAAAGCCACAGUAUUGAAAGAUGAGAAGGGAGAAUUCAUGACUGCUGUACUCGGUAUGGUUGAUUUAAUCAAAGGUUCCAAUUCAUUUUACAAACUUCAAGCGCUUCAAUCUGAUAAAUCAUCACGUUGUUGGGUAUUUCGCGCAUGGGGUCGUAUUGGUACAUCGAUUGGUGGCACUAAAAUUGAAUCGUUUCCUAAUGCCACUUCAGCUCGUUCAACAUUCAAAGAGAUUUAUUUUGAAAAAACUGGCAAUGAAUGGGAGGAUCGUAAAAACUUUCGUAAAAUGCCACAUAAAUUCUAUGAGUUAGAAUUAGAUUAUAACUCUUCAAAGAAGAAUGAAAUUCAAACUAUCAGUAAUAUACCAUGUAAACUACACCCGGCUCUACAAUCGCUCUUAAAAUUUAUUUGUGAUGUUAAAUCUAUGGAAAAAACAAUGGCGGAGUUUGAACUUGAUCUAAGAAAAAUGCCUUUGGGUAAACUGUCUAGUAAUCAAAUUCAUGAAGCUUAUGAUGUAUUGAAUUCUCUCAGUAAACUUGUUAGUUCACGUCCUUCUACUAAACAACAAUCUCAAACAUUGGAUCGAACACAAAUACUAAGUGAAUCUACACGUUUCUAUACAUUGAUCCCGCAUGAUUUCGGCUUCAAAACACCACCAAUGUUAGAUAAUAAGAAAAUUAUUACCAAGAAAAUACGCAUGUUAGAAGAUCUGUUAGAAAUUGAAUUAGCUUAUAAAAUGCUACAAACUAAAGGAGAUUCUAAACGUAAUCCAUUGGAAGAGCAUUAUGAACAGUUGCAUACUAAAUUAGAGCCUUUAGAUAGUAAUUGUGAAGAUUAUAAAUUGAUUUUGGAUUAUGUACGUGAGACUCAUGGCGCUACACAUACACAAUAUACACUCGAAGUAUUAAAUAUCUUUGAAGUACAUCGUGAUGGAGAGGAUAGUCGUUUUGCCAAGUGUAAAAUUGCUCAACAUAAUAAACAGUUGUUAUGGCAUGGUUCACGUCAAACAAAUUGGAUGGGUAUAUUUUUACAAUUCGAACUGACCUUAUUUAAGCAGCCAGUGGAAACCGGAAAGCACUAGAUAGUCGUCCCAUCCAAUUGUAGGACUUCUCAGCAACACACUUCCACAAUCCUUCUAGUUAUUGAACUCAGAACAUACAGGUCUUGUGACAAACAUCUAACCAUCACGAAAAUUAUUGGAUCGGAGUGUAUCUAAACCUUCAUCGAUUUCUAUAUUCACCAUGUUCUAAAAACUCUCGCACUUACCAUUUGUGUUUUCACUUGAUGUCCAGAUCUCAAGGUUUACGAAUUGCACCGCCUGACGCUCCAGUUACUGGUUAUAUGUUUGGCAAAGGUAUUUAUUUCGCUGAUAUUGUCAGUAAAUCAGCUAAUUACUGUUUUACGACACAAUCUCAACCGGAAGGACUCUUACUAUUAUGUGAAGUUAUCCUAGGUGAUAUGAAUGAAUGUUUACAAGCGGACGCGAGUGACUUGCCACCAAACUAUCAUAGUCGUAAAGGCAUUGGGUCAGUUACUCCGGAUCCGUCGACAUUUCACACCAAUAAAGAUGGUGUUGUUUAUCCUAUUGGUAAACCGAUUGAUUCAAAUGUAGCAAAUACCACUUUGUGUUAUAAUGAAUACAUUGUAUACCAUGUAUCACAAGUGAAACAAAAAUAUUUAGUUCGAGUGAAAUUUCAUUACAAAUGAACAACAAAAACGAAAUUGUUUUUUGUUCACAGCUAAAAAUUGUCAUCUCAAUUACUCUAUUUCUUAUAUCAAUCGUUUUGCUCAUGGUGUGUGUACGUGUCGUUGAUUAAUCUCGGUGCGUUUAUUACAUACAAUCAAUUUUAUUAUUCUCCGGUGUCUGAAUCAUUUCGAGUAUUCUUUUCAUUUAUCUUCUGUUGCAUUUAAGACUAACAAUAUUAUUAUUUUCAUUAUUAUCAUCUAUAGAGCUUAACAUAUAUACAUUCGUAUCAUUCAUUUGAACUCCUGAGAUCAUUUCACAGAGUCAAUAAAUCAAUCAAAUACGUUC